AUGUCAGUUAAAGAAAAGAUUAACAAUUUGAAACCAAAUGAAAAGUUUAUAUCGUUUGAAUUCUUUCCUCCAAAGACAGAUUCUGGGUUCAGAAACUUAAUGGCGAGGUUAAAUCGUAUGCAAAGAUUGAAUCCUUUAUUUGUUACUGUCACAUGGGGAGCUGGUGGUUCAACAAGUGAAAAAUCAUUAGAUUUAGCUGCUACUUGUCAAAAUGAAAUUGGGUUAACUACUGUAUUACAUUUAACUUGUACAAAUACCAAUAAAGAAAUUAUAGAUCAAGCAUUGAAAAAAGCAAAAGAUGUUGGAAUUAAAAAUAUUUUGGCAUUAAGAGGUGAUCCACCAAGAUCUGAAGAAUAUUGGACACCAAAUUGUGAUUUUAACAAUGCAAUUGAUUUAGUUAAAUAUAUCAAAUCAAAUUACGGUGAUUAUUUUUGUAUUGGUGUAGCUGCUUAUCCUGAAGGUCAUGUUGAUGGUUCAGAUUCAUCUGGUCAAAAUCCAAAAAAAGAUUUACCAUAUUUAAUAGAAAAAGUUAAAGCAGGUGCUGAUUUUAUAAUUACUCAAUUGUUUUUUGAUGUUGAUAAAUAUUUGUUAUUUGAAAAAAUGUGUAAAAAAGAAUUACCUGAUAUACCUUUAAUACCUGGUUUAAUGCCAAUUACAACUUAUAAAGUUUUUACAAGAGCUGCAAAAUUAUCUCAUGCAUCAAUACCUGAGAAUAUAUUUAAAGAACUUGAAAAAGUGAGUAAUGAUGAUGAUGCAGUAAAGAAUUUAGGUGUUGAAAUAUUAUCAAAUAUAAUAAAUAGAUUAGAUUCAAAAGGUUUCCAUUUUUAUACAUUAAAUUUAGAAAAAUCAAUAGCCAUGGUUUUAAAAAAAUGUAAUAUUGAAAUAGCUCCAAAAGAAAUUGAUGAAUGUGCUAUAGAUUAUACAAAUAAAGAUAUAGUGUGGGAUGAUUUUCCAAAUGGUAGAUUUGGUGAUUCAAAUUCUCCUGCUUAUGGUGAAAUAGAUGGUUAUGGACCAAAUUUAAAAAUGUCACCAUCAGAAGCUAUAGGUAAAUGGAAAUUUCCACAAACUGUCUCAGAUUUAACUAAAUUAUUUUCAGAUUAUUUAUCAGGUUCAUUAGAUUUUUUACCUUGGGCUGAUUCAAGUUUAUCACCAGAAACUGCAUUAAUACAGGAACAGUUAUUUUCAUUGAAUGAAAAAGGUUGGUUUACAGUUGCGUCACAACCAGCAGUUAAUGGAUGUAAAUCAACAGAUAAUAUAUUUGGUUGGGGUCCAAAAAAUGGUUUAAUUUAUCAAAAAAGUUUUGUUGAAAUGUUUAUACCAAAGAGAGAUAUUAAUAAAUUAAAACUAGAUAAUUGUACAUACUUUCUCGGUGAUAAAGAUGGUAUUAUAAAAUCAAGUUCAAAAAGUACAAUAACUUGGGGUGUAUUUCCAAUGAAAGAAAUCGUUCAACCAACAAUUAUAGAUCAUGAGUCGUUCAAAGCAUGGAAUGAAGAAGCGUUUCUAUUAUGGUUACAAUGGGCUAGAUGUUAUAAAAAAGGUUCAAAAUCUUACAAUCUUUUAAACAGUAUAUAUAAUAAUUACUAUUUAAUUAGUAUAGUUCAUCAUGAUUUCCCCGAUGAACUUGCAUUAUGGAAUCUACUUUUAUAG